AGAUGGUGGUAACGAAGGUCGGGCAGUGGUCCAAUGUCGAGGACGAGGUCCUCAAGAGUGCCAUCUCGAAAUAUGGCCUGAAUCAGUGGGCGCGAUGCGCCUCUCUUCUUGCGAAGAAGACGGCGAAGCAGUGCAAAUCUAGAUGGUCGGAAUGGCUGGAUCCAAGCAUUCGGAAGACAGAGUGGUCGAGGGAGGAGGAUGAGAAGUUGCUGACCAUGGCAAAGCUGCUUCCUACGCAGUGGCGCACAAUAGCACCCAUUGUCGGACGGACUGCAACGCAGUGCUUGGAACGAUACCAGAAGCUUUUGGACGAUCAGGAGGCUAGAGAGGGUGGGGACCUGGGACUGGCUGGCCCUGAAGGCGGAGAAUCAGCUGCACCGUCUGCAGAGGAUGUUCGACGUUUACGCCCUGGCGAGGUUGACGCCUACAGUGAGAGUCGUCCCGCGAGACCGGACGCAGUAGAUAUGGACGAGGAAGACAAGGAGAUGCUGUCCGAGGCGCGGGCGCGCUUAGCGAACGUCAGCGGAAAGAAGGCGAAGCGCAAGGCUCGUGAGCGGCAGUUGGAAGAGUCGCGGAGACUUGCACUGUUGCAAAAGCGACGAGAGCUCAAGGCCGCUGGUAUCAACAUCAAGAUCACCCCGAAGAAGGGCAACCACAUUGAUUACAACGCCGACGUACCACUCGAGAAGGAAGUUCCCUCCGGAUUCUUCGACACUACAGACGAGCUCGACCGCAACGAAAAACAGCGAGAGGCUUUUGACCCACGCAAGCAGCAGCUGGCGAACAAGCGCAAGAUGGAUCAGCAGGAAGAGGGAGGGGAUAAUAAGCGGAAGAAGAAAGACGAGAAGUCAGGAGGCCUUGCAGCAUCAUACGCCAAGGCUGCUCAGAUGCAGAAGAUACGGGAAGCGGAACAGAGCAGCAAGCGCCGCGCUCUCGUGCUUCCAACACCACAGGUUGGAGAAGCAGAGCUCGAAGAUAUCGUCAAGAUGGGUCUGGCCGGGGAGCGGCUUUCUUCUAAUGGUAGCGAGAACAUUGCUACACAAGGUCUAGUGGGAAACUACUCGAACAUCGUCGGCAGCACACCGAUACGCACGCCUAUGGCGCCGAAGGAAGAGGACUUCAUCGCAAACGAAGUGCGCAACGCGCGACUAAGAACCGAGACACAGUCGGCCCUACUUGGUGGAGAGAACCCAGAUCUCGUCGAUGAUGAAGCCCCAGCUUCGCUGUCUGCACCCGCUUCACGGCAUCAGAUCGUUACACCCAACCCCAUGGCCACUCCCUUUCGACAGGCAAACGGCGGAGUUGGCGCUACGCCAACACAUCAAGGACCUGGAGCGACCCCUAUGCGAACACCUCGCGAUACACUGCGCUUGAACGAGGGGGAGAGUGGUAUGCAGCUGGUCGGACAAACACCUCGAGAUAUCAGAAUGCGUGAGAACGCGAAGCGUCAGGAUUUGAAGAGCAGGCUUGCGGCGCUACCAAAGCCCAAGGAAGAAAGCUGGGAGUUUGAACUACCAGAAGAGCAGGCAAAUCAAAUGGAAAUAGAGAUUAGUGAGGAAGAUGCCGCUGAAAUUGAUCGAAGAAAGGAGGAAGCGCGGCAAGCUGCAGAAAGCGCUGAGUUCCGCCGACAAACCCAGGUCGUUCAGAGAUUUCUCCCAAGACCAUCUUUAGUUGACAUUGAUGCCAUGAUGAAGAGGGCACUGGAUCUAUCAGACCCUGUUGAGCGGGAAGUUGAGACCGAAAUGGCACUCCUGAUCGCGAACGAUGUCCAGAAGUUUGGCGGAGGACGAGUCACAGGGUCUCUGCAACCAGUGGAGAAGAUGCCUGACGAUGCCCUUCGAGCAGCGAAGAUGGAGCUAGCACUCGAGCUCGCCAUGACGAGCGAGAAAGACAAGAAGUCGUUCCAUUCAGAAUUUGGCACCACCUGGACUAGCCUACACGGCUCAGCAAUCCUUCCCGGCAUCGCAGGUUAUGAGGAAGAUGAGAUUGAUGAGCACCAACUGCUAGUCGAAGCCUUUGACAACGCCCAAGAAUUGAUCAUCGAGUCCGCGGAACAAGCUAACAAAAUCGAGAAGAAGCUGACCGUUCACCACAAAGGCUACACCAACCGUGCUGCGCUUCUCAGUGAGAAGAUUGGCGGUGCGUUUGGUGCGCUGGAGAUGGCGAAGAGGGACCUCGAGGCUGCGAGGACCAUGCAGUACUCCGAGCAGACGGCUAUCGAUCGGCGACUGGAGGGACUGCGCGCUGAGGUUCAAUUUGUUACCAAGAGAGAGAGGGAGGCCCAAGAGCUGUAUAGGACGAGGAGGGAUGAGCUGGAUAGCUUGCAGGCGCCUGUGAAUGGGGUACACUGAGCGAGCUGAUAUUCAUUUCAUAUCCAUGUACUUUAUUCAUCACAUAUGCAACGGACGGACAGUUGCAAGGGAAGGCGUUAGAUAUUGCAUAAUUGAGCGGUGGCCGAUUUGUCAGUAGGACAUGCCUCAGUCGCUCCAAAGGAGAUGAUAUAUAUGGUGAAGUGUAGGUGUGUAUCUUCAGUGCCAUAG